AUGAUUCAGCGUUCGCGGGUCGCCUUUGAGCCUUUCCCACCACACCUGGACAUUCAAAAGGAGGUGGAAAAUACUCCAAAUUUCCGCUUUGCCCAGUCCAUUCCCUGCGACUAUAUCACGAAAUUUCCUCGAGAGGCCCUGGACCUCUACAUUCGCACAUGGGUGGUGCAGCUUGGUCGUCCCCUCGUCAUCACGGGCUUCGACAAGCUCCUGGACAAGAAGCUGUUCUCUGAAAAAUGGCUGAUGCAAAACUAUGCAAAUCAGACGUACGAUGCGAGGGAUUUGGGAAAGGGUGCCAACCUUCAUCUUUCUCUGGGUCAUUACCUCAAGAACAUGUCCAAGCUGACCGAACGUAUCAAUGAAAAAUCCUACAACCGACCUCACAUCCAACGACUAUACCUGAAGGAUAUCGAUUGUCCAGAGGAAUGGCACGAAUCCUUGGAACACUUAAUCCCUUCGACAUUCUUUUACCUCAAUCAAGAUCCCCUCACGGGGCAGAAUUCACCACCUUGCCAACAAUCGGACAUGCCCAAGACUCCGGAUGGCCAGACUGUCGCCCGAGCCGGGGACCUGAUGAGCAGUCUGCCGGAGGCGAUGCGCGCCCAGAAUCUCAUGUGUUAUAUUGGGCAUGAAGGAACCUUUACCCCAGCACACCAGGAAAUGUGUGCCAGUCUGGGCCACAACUUGAUGGUGGAGGCGUCUAAAGGGCCGGUCGAAAAUGGCCUGCCCGUGCGACCGGGCUCGUCCAUCUGGCUCAUGACCGAGACGAAAGAUCGUCGCAUCGUGUCCGAAUACUGGCUCUCUGAGCUUGGUCAUGACCUGGACCUGGAAAACCACUUCGCACCCCUGCAGGCGUGGCAGAAAGCCCCCUUCACAACGUACGUGGUGGAACAAAAACCAGGCGAUUUGAUUCUGGUGCCCCCGCUGGCCGCGCACCAGGUCUGGAAUCGCGGCACUCGGACCAUGAAAGUCGCCUGGAACAGGACCACCGUAGACACGCUCGAGGCGGCCUUUGACGAGGCGCUGGGCCAUGCGCGGAUGAUCUGUCGCGACGAGCAAUAUAAAAACAAAGCGAUUGUGUACUUCACCCUGGAGCGGUACUCUGAGCUACUACGAAAAGCGCCCUCCAAAUCUCUCCACUCGGAAUUGCAGAUGCUGCGCGAGGACUUUCACCGACUAUUCAACCUCUAUACCGACAUUCUCUUGUCGGAAGGGUUUUCCAAGAACGCCCCUUCCGCCAAGGACAUUGACUUUGAGAAAUUCGAAAGUAACGUGACAUGUUCCUACUGCCGCUGCAACAUCUUCAACCGAUUCUUGACAUGUCCGUGGUGCGUGGGGGAAGGCCACGAGACCUACGACAUCUGCAUGGACUGCUACGUCCUCGGCCGCAGUUGUCAGUGCAUUUCCAAACUCAAAUGGGUCGAGCAAUUCCCCUGGAAACACCUCACCAGUCGCCACGAGACCUGGCGACGACAGAUUGUCGCAUUCCAAGGCGACAAGGGCGACUCCGACUCGGAGCCGAGUCCGCCUGUCAAGCAAAGAGCCCCGUUGACGUUGCUGGCCGCUCGCGCCAAAUUAGGGCGCAAAUCACUCGCGGAGAUCUGCCAGGAGCAACUCCACGAGGGCGACGACAGUGAAUCCCGUGCCCGCAAGAAACGAAAAUCCAACGGGGGCAAGCCUGCCACAGGCAAAGCCCGAUGUCACAUGUGCCGCUGCCAAGAGGACGUGUGGAAACUCGCCUCGUGCGAAAAGUGCAAAUUGCAUUACUGCUACAGUAGCCUCUUCCGCUCCUUUGACAUGCUGCCGCUCGACGCGAUGCAGCGUCCUCACUGGCUAUGCCCCCAAUGUCGGGGCAUCUGCAACUGUGCCGCAUGUCGACACGACAAGACCAUGACACCUUACAAACCCUAUAAUAUCCUCAUGGGUCACGACACACGGAAGAUUGCCGACCCGCGCAGUGUUGAGUCGCUGGUGAAUAUGCGGCUGUCGAAUUUGGCCCUCUUGAAGACGUUUGGGGAUGACAAUGCGGCCCGGUUGGAACGGUUGCAGCAUGACGAUGCCCCCCGGAAUAGCGAGUCGGUUGGGGAGCAGACAUUCGCUCAGAUCAAAGUGGCCUCGGUCCAUGAUGCGAAGCAAUAUUCGUUGUCUCAUGGGAGCGAUGAGAAUCAUGAUCCCACCACUACUGCCGAGGUUACCUUCCAGGCUGGAUCGGAGCCCCCCGAGAGAGGAAUCCCUAUUGACCCGGCCCUGGAGCUGGAUGGAUCAUUUUUGCAUCUGAGCGGACGGGAUGAAGGAUUGGCCGGACCGACGGCCACAGAGUCGUGCUGA